GCGGUGAAGAUGAAAUACAAAUAAUUUACAUUUUAUUAAUAUUUAUUAUUUUGUUCAACACUAAUAAAAUAUAUCUUCAUUUUAAGUAGUACAACCGUGAAAUAGUGAUAUUGGCAAAAUUUUAUGUAUAACAAUUCAUAACAUUGUUGAUCUAUUGUAAAUAAGAUUGUUACAUUGUUAGAGAUGAGUUUGAAACAUUUAAAAGUAGUCAAAAGAAUGUUUUCAACUGGCGAGAACACUCCUCGUGUUUGUAUAGUUGGUGCAGGGACAGCUGGAUUUUACGCAGCUAUGCAUUUGACCAAAAAUUUGGCUAAUGUUAAUGUUGACUUACUUGAAAAACUACCUGUGCCUUUUGGCCUUGUAAGGUAUGGUGUAGCUCCGGAUCACCCAGAAGUUAAGAAUGUAAUCAAUCAAUUUACCAAAGUAGCUCAGCAUCCCAAUGUUAAAUACUAUGGAAAUGUGACAUUAGGGAAAGAUGUAUCUUUGACCCAGUUGAGGCAACAUUAUCAUGCUGUUUUAUUGGCAUAUGGGGCUGAUGAAGAUAGAACACUUGGCAUUGAGAAUGAAGAUGCCAAAAAUGUAAUUGCUGCUAGAAAUUUUGUUGGUUGGUAUAAUGGACUCCCCAGUGAUAAAGAUUUAAAGGUUGAUUUAUCCCACUCAACUGCUGCUAUUCUAGGACAAGGAAAUGUAGCGUUAGAUGUUGCUAGAAUACUUCUAAGUCCAAUAGAUGAAUUAAGAAAAACUGAUAUAACUGAGUAUGCUCUCCAAACAUUAGCAGAAUCUAAAUUGAAGGAACUUUAUCUUAUAGGCAGGAGAGGACCUUUACAGGUGGCAUUUACUAUCAAGGAGCUCCGAGAACAACUAAAACUAAAGAACUGCCUGACAAUAUGGAGAGAAAAAGAUUUUAAAGGAGUUGAGGAAAUCAUCCCCAAUUUAGGUCGACCUAGGAAAAGACUGACAGAACUUAUGAUAAAGUCAUUAAAAGAAAAUCACAAGAUAAAUGAAGGUGACCUCAGCCAAAAGUAUUUCAUGCCCAUAUUUUUCAGAAGCCCAAAUAGGUUUCUUAUUGAUGAACAAAAACAAUUGACUGGAGUACAACUGAACUGUAAUAAAUUGAUGGGAGAUAAACCAGAAAAUCAAACUUGUGUGCCCACUGAGGAAGUUGAAGUUAUUAACUGUGGUUUAGCUUUUAGAAGUAUAGGAUAUAAGAGUAUACAAGUAGAUAACGAUUUAAUAUUUACACCACAUGGCACAGUUGCAAAUGACAAAGGUUGUGUUUCUGUGGACAAUUCUACAGAUUUAGCCAAUCUAUAUGUGGCAGGUUGGCUUGGAACUGGUCCAGUUGGUGUUAUUUUGCACACCAUGGGGAAUGCUUUCCAUGUAGCAAAACUUAUAUGUGAAGAUUUAAAAAGUUCUAAUGGCUUAGUCAAUAAAGGUGGAUUUGAAGAAAUAAAGAAGGCUUUACCAAGCAAUAAUGAAAUUGUGAAUUGGAAUGGUUGGGAGAAAAUCAAUAAACAUGAAGUUCAGCAGGGUGAACUUAAAGGAAAACCCAGAGAGAAACUUUGUUCAGUUAAAGAAAUGUUAGAAAUAGCUCUAUAACAUACGGUCUACAUCCUUGUACUGAUAUAUUUUAGAGCUGAACUUCCUACACAACCAAUGAACAAAGGCAAUAGAAGAUGAAAUCCAUAAUUAUUAUUGAUUUGCUUAGUUUUGUAAAUAUUUUUCUUUUACUUAUUAUCUGAAAAUUAAGUAUA